UGGAGCUGAGUAGAGACGCGGCGUUGGGAAUGCACUACAAAUAAAGCUAAAAAGAAAAAAACAUUUGGACUACAUAAGGGGCGACCAUGAAUUAUUAUUUAUUUGUUUUAGAAAUAUAAAUUGAGCAGCCUCAUGAGAAAGAGGAGCAGCAUUGGGAGAAUAAGAGGAGCGCCGCUGUAGGUACCUGCUUAAGCCGAUCAGGACGCACAAGACCAAUACAUGUGCUCUGAUUCUGCUCCUUUUGGAUCAUGACGAACGGACAGGAUGAAAGUUCUGUACGAGUGGCUUUGAGGAUCCGUCCUCAGCUGGCAAAAGAGAAGAUUGAAGGAUGUCACAUUUGCACAUUUGUGACGCCUGGAGAGCCCCAGGUGAUCCUGGGAAAGGACAAAGCCUUCACUUACGAUUAUGUGUUCGACAUGGACUCCCAGCAGGAUGCCAUCUACAGCAACUGCACUGAGAAGCUCAUUGAAGGCUGCUUUGAGGGCUAUAAUGCCACUAUCUUCGCAUACGGACAGACUGGCUCAGGGAAGACGUACACCAUGGGCACAGGUUUCGAUGUGAACAACACCGAAGAUGAGCUUGGAAUUAUCCCACGUGCAGUAAAACACCUCUUCAGAGGCAUUGAGGAAAGGAAGCAAGCUGCAAUGGAUCAGGGUUGCCCUGUGCCUGAAUUCAAAAUCAAUGCCCAGUUCUUAGAACUGUAUAAUGAAGAAGUUCUGGACUUGUUUGACACUACACGGGAUGUGGAAACCAGGAAGCAGAAAUCUAACAUUAAGAUCCACGAGGACGCCAAUGGAGGGAUCUACACUGUGGGAGUAACCACACGUACAGUCUCCUCUGAAUCUGAGAUGAUGCAGUGUUUGAAGCUGGGCGCUCUUUCCCGCAGCACUGCCAGCACUCAGAUGAACGUCCAGAGCUCACGCUCCCAUGCCAUCUUCACUAUUCACCUGUGCCAAGUCCGUGUCUGUGCCUCCAGCAAUAACAGCGAGACAGACAACAGGCUGGCCAAUGGCUCCUCAGAGAUGAACGAGUUUGAAACCCUCACAGCCAAGUUUCACUUUGUAGACUUGGCUGGAUCAGAACGACUGAAGAGAACAGGAGCAACCGGGGACAGAGCUAAAGAGGGCAUCUCAAUCAAUUGUGGACUGCUCGCUUUGGGGAAUGUAAUUAGUGCCCUGGGAGACAAGUGUAAACGAUCCACACAUGUGCCGUAUCGUGACUCGAAGCUCACCCGGCUCCUUCAGGACUCUUUGGGAGGGAACAGUCAGACAGUGAUGAUAGCCUGUAUCAGCCCCUCAGACCGGGACUUCAUGGAAACCCUGAACGCUCUGAAGUAUGCUAACCGGGCACGUAACAUCAAGAACAAGGUGGUGGUGAAUCAGGACCGAGCCAGCCAACAGAUCAGCGCCCUUAGAACCGAGAUUGCACGGCUGCAGAUGGAGCUCAUGGAGUACAAGACGGGUAAGCGCAUGGUAGGUGAGGACGGCCUGGAAAGCGUUAACGACAUGGUCCAUGAGAACACCAUGCUGCAGACGGAGAACAAGAACCUGCGUAUCCGUGUCAAGGCCAUGCAGGAGACCAUCGAUGCUCAGAGAGCUCGACUAACACAGCUGCUCACUGAACAGGCCAACCAGGUCCUUGCUAAAACAGGUGAAGGAAAUGAGGAAAUAAGCAACAUGAUUCAGAAUUACAUUAAAGAAAUUGAGGAACUCAGGGCCAAGCUGUUAGAGAGCGAGGCAGUCAGCGAGAGCCUGCGUAAGAACCUAUCCCGGGCUGAGACACGCUCCUCUCUGUACGGAGGAAGCACUCAGUUUCCACAAGGCCCAGAGAAGGAGGCAUCUGACAUCAUUGAGAUCGCCAAGAAAAAUCUGGAGAAACUCAAAAAGAAAGAAAAGAGAAAAAAAAAGAGACUACAGCAGAUGGUAAAAUGUUCCUGCGACGACCAUGACAGCGACAGUGUCAUUAAAGAGGAGGGGCCUGACAAUGACCAGGACAAAGAGCCAUCAGACAGAACCAGUGAGGAGCCAGAGGCAGAAGGAAGCGAUCAUGAAGAGGGAGAUGAGUGUGAGGGAGAGGAAGAGGAAGAUGAGAUGGAGGCAGACGAGACCUCGGAUGAGUCAGACUCCGAGCUGGAUGAGAAAGACAACUUCCAAGAAGAUCUGGCGAACAUUACUUGUGAGAUUGCGAUUAAACAGAAGCUGAUUGAUGAACUGGAGAACAGUCAGCGGCGUCUCCACACGCUGAAACAGCAGUACGAGCAGAAACUUAUGAUGCUGCAGAACAAGAUCCGAGACACGCAACUGGAGAGAGAUCGUGUGCUGCACAACAUGGGCUCGGUGGAGUCGGGCACAGAAGAGAAGGCGAAGAAGAUCAAGGCCGAGUACGAGAAAAAGUUGAGCUCCAUGAACAAGGAGCUGCAAAAACUUCAUUCGGCUCAAAAGGAGCAUGCACGUCUGCUAAAGAACCAGUCCCAGUACGAGAAACAGCUCAAGAAGCUCCAACAGGAGGUCUCUGAGAUGAAGAAGACCAAGGUUGGGUUAAUGAAGCAAAUGAAGGAGCAGCAGGAAAGGAGCUUUGCUUCAGAAACCCGUCGCAACCGUGAGAUCGCCACACUCAAGAAGGACCAGCGUAGACAGGAGCACCUGGUACGGCAGCUGGAGGCUCAGAAAAGACAACAGGAACUCAUCCUGCGCAGGAGAACAGAAGAGGUGACUGCUCUGAGGAGGCAGGUUCGACCGACCUCAGGAAAGGUGAAUCGGAAGAUCAGCUUGCCUGAGCCUUUACAAGAGCCUCCUGCACGCCCCGGGUACACUCGCGCACAUACUGCUGGGAGUAGUGCACCUAACGGAACCAGGAAAUAUCAAAUGCGGUCAGGGGGCGUGUUCUCAACCAGAACAGCACGGGCCAAAUGGCAGGCACUGGAGAGGCGUGUCAGUGACCUCAUCAUGCAGAGAAUGACCAUCUCCAACAUGGAGGCAGAUAUGAACCGUCUCCUCAAGCAACGGGAAGAACUGACCAAGCGCAGAGAGAAGCUGGUAAAGAAAAGGGACAAGACUGUAACAGAGGGCAGUGACACAGACAGGACCGUCCAGUCUCUCAACGAGGAGAUGGAGUCUCUCUCAGCCAACAUUGACUACAUCAAUGACAGCAUUGCCGAAUGCCAAGCCAACAUCAUGCAAAUGGAAGAAGCUAAGGAGGAGGGUGACACAGUGGACGUCUCUGCAGUGAUCAGCUCCUGCACUCUAUCAGAGGCACGCUUCCUACUUGACCACUUUAUCUCUUUGGCCAUCAAUAAGGGUCUGCAGGCAGCACAGAAAGAGUCUCAGAUUAAAGUAAUGGAGGGCCGGCUGAAGCAGACAGAGAUUAACAGUGCCACACAGAACCAACUUCUCUUCCACAUGCUGAAGGAGAAAGCCGAGCUCAACCCAGAGCUGGACGCUUUAUUAGGGAACGCUCUGCAAGAGCUAGGUAAUGCAGCAACUGAGAAUGGCGAGGAGAGCAGCAGUGAUGAAUCGGACCGGAGUCCAGCUACUGAGGGGAGUUCUUUGGCCUCAGACUUGAUGAAGUUGUGUGCAGAGCCCAAACCCAGAAGUAAGGCUCGAAGAAGAACCACCACACAGAUGGAGCUGCUGUAUGCCAACAGCACUGACCCUGAUGCCCCUCUGGAUGAUUUCUCAGCUCCUCUUCUAUCUAUUUCCGAAAGUUCAGAGGGAAUUAUAAGCUUACUGUCUUCUUCAGUGGACAAAGACCUGCCGACAAAUUUCCCACCCAGAACAAGUGUUUCAUCUGGCAUCAGAUCUCCAACAGCGACGGAGAAGAGAUCAGUGGAACGCUCACCUCUGACACGCAGGACGAAUCAGGAAAGGAGUCAGACGUCCACAGACAAGCCCAAGAGUCAAGACACAAAACAAUUUAAUGAUCCUGUUAUCUUCGAGGGUCAGAGAGGAGUGAUCAAUACUGUGCCGUGUCCUAAGGGCAGUCAAGCAGCCAAGAUUCAGUGUGUGUAUGCAGCAGAGGGACACACAAAAGCCGUGAUGUGUGUGGAUUCCACUGAUGAUCUUUUAUUUACCGGAUCAAAAGACCGGACAUGUAAGGUGUGGAACCUGGUGACUGGACAGGAGAUCAUGUCUCUUGGUGAUCACCCGAGCAGUGUGCUGUCUGUUCGAUACUGCUCCAGCCUCGUCUUCACUGUCUCAACCACCUAUAUUAAAGUGUGGGACAUCAGGGAUUCAGCCAAGUGCAUCCGUACACUCACGUCCUCUGGUCAGGUGUCUCAUGGUGAUAGCUGUGCUAAUCUGGGCAGUCGAGCUGCUACUAUUCCUCCUGGUGAGAAUCAGAUCAACCAGAUUGCCCUGAAUCCUACUGGAACAUUCCUAUAUGCUGCAGCAGGCAACUCCGUCAGGAUGUGGGAUCUGAGAAGGUUUGUUUCUACUGGGAAAUUGACAGGUCAUCUGGGGCCAGUAAUGUGUCUAGCUGUGGAUCAGCUGGGAAACGGUCAAGAUGUGGUCAUUACAGGCUCCAAAGACCACAGCCUAAAGAUGUUUGACAUCUUGGAAGGAGUUCAAGGAAGCAUCCCAUCUACUCAUAACUUUGAACCCACUCAUCAGGAUGGCCUGGAAGCUGUAAGCAUUCUGGGAAACUCAGUGUACAGUGCAGCCAGAGACCAUUGCAUCAGGAGAUGGGACCUGUCUAGCAAGCAGCUCAAACAGCAGGUUGACAGGGCACACUCUGAUUGGGUGAGUGCACUGGCAGUUGUGCCGGAUUCCAGGAUUUUACUGAGUGUGUGCAGAGGAGGUCUCCUGAAGCUGUGGCACUCGGAUACACUCAGACCCCUGGGGGAACUAAGAGGACAUGACUGUGCGAUCAACAGCAUCUCUACUAACAGCACUCAUCUUUUCACAGCCUCAGAAGAUCGGACAGUGAGAAUCUGGCAAAUUAAAGGCUCUCUGGAUGAUGGGCUUUACUGACUCAAACACAUGAUGUGACUAUAAACUGAGUGUAUUAUUUGCACAGCAAAAGAAACCUGGCACUCUUUGCUGGCUGUUUUGUUUCCUGGAAGUUUGGUAGCGUCCUCACUUGGUCGAGUGAGUGUUUGUUUGUGUGUGUCUAUGCUGGCUGUGUAUUUUCCUCAGCAUACAGCAUCCCAUGUGUGCAUCUUUAACUGGCAGAAAACAAAGCUUAACAGUGUACAUCUAAAAGUGCCCUGUGCCUGAGCACUGCUACCAAUCCUCAUAUGAAUUUAGGUCACAUGCACAUCGCUAGCUUGUGCAAAACCCGAAGCUGGGCUUUGGUGCUGUAUGCUGAAAAUAUGUGAACGUUUUCAUGUUGACUGAAUGGGACCAACAUGCUCUUAAAUGAAACCUUUUUUGAAAACCUCGAUGUCAGUGCUGUUUAAUGGUAAGUAAACGUUGUUGCCUUUCAUCUCAGCAUUGGGAGUUUGAGCAGCAUAAACACAAAAACAGCAACUUUACGCUCAACUGUAUUACUACUGGUACAAAUACUUGUGCACCCAGAUGUUUUAGUGGAACACACUGUCAUAUCUACUGUAUUUGUGAUGUAUGUUAGUGUGUUUGAUUCAUAAAGUGCUGAUCUUUAAAUGUACAUUUGUGCAGAUAGGGUUUUUAUGUACUGUAUGUGGGAUCACUGACUGUAAAUUAAUCACUGUCUUAACCAAGGCUGUUCUGUCUAAAAUCCCAGGUCAAUACAAAUCAUGUCUGAAAAAAAAUCAUUUGGUGUCUGUCUUUUCUAUUAUAUAAUUGCAGUACAACUUAAAAUGGGAUCAAGUCAUGUUAGAGACAUCGAAAGGCAUCAUAAUAUACUGUAAUGUAAUGUUUUUUUUCAUUUAUUAAACCUAGAAAAGAUAGAAGUGAGGCAGACUUGUUUUAUGCACAAUCGUAACGGCAUUAAAAAUGAGUUUUAAGUAAUGUGCUUGUUCGAAUAUUUUCACGCUGCAUUGAUCUCUCAUUUUAAAAACCAUCACAUGCUAUUUUUUU